AUGUUUUUACCUUCGGUGUUCACCGAAAGCAACAGCGCUAUUGAUAUCACCAUGCUAAACGACACUGGUAGUGACUCCCUGAGCAUAUAUACAGACGAACGGAUGUGGUUCGCCGCGACUGCUCCUCAAUAUUACCAACAAGAAGAGGUUAUGAACCUCUUCAAUUUUGCAGAUGGAAGUUGUUAG